AACUGCUUCUAUCACCAAACUCAUCUGCAUAGCCUCCGCCUCCUUCUCCUUGCGAUGAAAUCCAAGAAGCGAAGGUCGAAGCCGAAACCGCAAUCGGAGUGUCCUCCCAAGAAGAAGCUUCGUUCUCAGCUUCCUCGCCGGAGACGCGCUCGGAUUUCUCCUGUUUUCUGCUUGCCGGAGUCGGAUUCGGCUGCUCCGUGUACGAGUGUUGGUCUUGUUUCUUCUUCCGUUGCUGCGGCUGAGUCCAGCUGCGGUUCCUUCCAGGGAGGAGGAGGAGGUGAGGUUUCUAGUCAACUCAAUGCGGUUUUUGAAUUGGAGCGUGGUGCUGUGAAUGCGAGGACGAAUUUGCGGAAGACGCGAUUUGGUUCGAGUGCCGAGUUUAUUGAAGUGAAUUUGGAUCCUGCUUCCAAUGGAGUAGCGAGAGAUUGCUUUAACGAGGAUUGUGAGGUUAAGAAGGGAAGGAAUGAGGCUAACGUCGAAGUUUCUGAAUCGUCUUGCGUGGAGUCGAAUUCUGGAGUUGAUUUUGUUGUUCUCGGAAGGAGUAGCUCGAAGUUGAAGAUUAGGAGUGGUUUUAGGAGAACCGUAGAGGAAAAUGAAGAUCAAGCCGAUCAAGCAGAAAAUGGAGCUCUGAAGUUCGAACUGACUGAUGCUGAUGUCUCGUCGAAGCUUUGUGGAAAGGGAGCUGUGCCACUCUCUCCUUGUGUAGAGUCUUGGGCUGAAUCUAUCUUCGAGAGCGUCUGUUCGUUCGAAGAGAAAGGAUUAGAGGUUGAGGAGAACAGAGUGUGGGAAUUUCAGGUACCGGAGAUACCGAGGAAUCAGGUCAAUGAAACUUUCACUAUUUCGAAGUCGGAUUCGACAAUAGAACAGUGGCCUAACAACUUGAAGUUUGAAUCGGAUCUUGCUUGCACGGAGCAAUUAUCUUACGAGGACGUUUCGGAAUACUCUAGCCAGGACUUGCGCGAGCUUCAGUCAACUAUUCUAAUGGGGAUUUCUGAUACGGACUGCUCAGAUUACACUCCUUCAAAUUUCUUGGAAUCCGGAAGCGAGUUUUCAGAGAAAUCAAACGAUGAUGCAGCUCCUUCAUCAGCAUUUAGCAUGUUACUGCAGUUCAGAAGCGAUUUUUUAAGAUCGUGUGCCUCUGAAGACAUCAGAACUAGCUCGUCAAUUGAAGAAGAGAACGCAGAUCAAUCUUUGUUUUUGAGAUUGGAAGGAUUGGACGAUGAAGAAACCUAUCAAAUAUUCAGAAACAGAGAAAGACGCCAAUUGAUUAUUCGCGACUACGUUGAUGAGUACCGGUCCACGACGGAUUAUGGCGAUCUCAUCCUCCAGCAACGAUCAAAUAUGGUUCAAUGGAUAGUUGAACGAUCGAGAGAUACCAAACUUCAUCAGGAGACGACAUUUUUAGGAGUAACCCUUCUCGACCAGAUUCUGAGCAAAGGAUUCUUCAAAGCUGGAAGACACCUUCAAAUUCUGGGCGUAGCAUGUCUAACUUUGGCCACUAGAAUUGAAGAAAAUCAAUCAUACAGCUGGAUGCAGCAAAGGAGCAUCCAUGUAGGGGACAACACCUAUAGAAGAUCUGAAGUUGUUGGCAUGGAAUGGCUUGUUCAAGAAGUCCUAAAGUUCCAGUGUUUCCUGCCAACUGUUUACAACUUCUUGGGGUUCUACCUGAAAGCUGCUGGAGCGGACUCAGAUUUGGAGAAUCGAGCUAAGAACUUCGCAGUGCUCGUUCUUUCAGAUCAAGUCCAAUUUUGUUAUUUCCCUUCAACUAUUGCAGCUGCGGUUGUCCUCCUGGCAUCCUUCGGAGAAACACAAGAUUUACCAAAUCAACGAGUCAUCGAGACGCAUGUCAGAACAGAAAGUGAUGAUCUUCCCGAAUGUAUCGAGAGUUUGGAGUGGCUAUUGAAGUUUGUAUGAUGCAAGCAUCAUAUCCUAACAGAAAUUAAAUCUUCCUUCCUGACCACUAAUACCAACCUGAACAGCUAGUGAGGGUCAGCAUCUCUCCCUGACCUGGCUAUCGGUAAGACAUUCG